AAACGUAAAAAGAAAAGUGGACCAACGCCCCAUUGCUGUAAACUCUGUGGUAAAGCCUUCCAAUCAGCCCAGAGGCUGAAGGCCCACCAGGUUGUUCACAGCGAGGAGAAACCCUACACCUGCGCUGACUGUGGCUCCUCAUUCAAACAGCUGACAGGGCUAAAAAUCCACCAGCGUAUUCACACCGGAGAGAAACCGUACAGCUGUGAUGAGUGUGGAGUUUCAUUCCCAUACCUAAACUCUCUGCAGAGUCACAAGAGGAUCCAUACAGGAGAAAAACCUUACAAGUGUGACGAUUGUGGGAAAUCUUUUAGAGUCUUGAGUUCCCUGACCACCCAUAGACGGAUACACACUGGGGAGAAGCCGUACGCCUGUGACCUGUGUGGGAAAAGUUAUUCCAUUUUAUUGGGUCUGCAACAUCACCGGCGCAGUCACACCGGAGAGAAACCCUACGCCUGUUCCAAGUGCGACAAAACGUUCAUGGGUAGCCCGGGUCUGAAGAUGCAUAUGUAUAGCCACCUGGAUGUGAAACCGUUCCAAUGUGGGCAGUGUGAUGCAGCCUUUAGUCAUCCAAAGUCUCUGAAACUCCACCAGCGUGCUCACUCUGGGUACCAGUGCGACAAGUGCGGAGCCUUGUUUCCCACGGCGCUGAUCCGAUCCAAUCAUAGACGCAGUCACAAAUGGAUUGAUAGUCUGCAGAGCAGCAGUCAUUUCAUGAAGAUGAAGAUGUCGAUGGCAGCCAUGUUUCCAGUGAAGAGUGAAGCAGCAGCAGCUGGAGCGAGUCGUCCUGCUGGGAUCCUUGAUCAGCGCGGCUCUGCUGGGUCCACUGCUUCCCCUUUGCUCCAGCUGGAGAUUAAAUCUGAAGUUAAACUGGAGAAAGACGCCAUUGGAGGACAUCAGUGACGUCAUCUCUUCAUUACAAUGAUGCUGUUUUUAUUUUCAUCAUUAUUGUGUCUUUUGUUCUUCCUGCAUGGAUUAAAUAAAUGUUAAUGCAUUUAAAGCUGGAAUCCAUCUGAUUAUUGUGACUAAAGUUGGUUCUUCUGUGUUUGUCUUUAAUGCAUCCAGAGAACAUUUGAUGGAACCGUGUGAAUAAACACGCCUGUUUUCCAUCUUUUUGCUGAGUCAGCGCCCCCUGGUUUCCAGGACUUCUGGUCCAAAAAGGUUCUUUGGUGAAUAUUUACAUGUUUCUUAAACUCCUCGAUGCUCAUAAAUUCAGCUUUAUCCUGUUUUUUUCCUGUUGUAGUUUGGAUCAGAGGUUCUACAGGAUUCCUAAAGACCUUUUAAACCUUUUCCUUGGACUUUUAGUCUUGUCCAGGAUCCGGUCUUUUGGUUUCUGUCUGUUAGCUGAUUGUUAGGUUUAUUCAUGAUGAUUAUAAAGUUAAUGUGUGUACAUAUGGAACAUUGGAGAAAUGAGAUGCUUCACUCUGUUUACUGCAAACUGU